AAUAAAGGCCUGUCUCACUCUCAUCUUCAAACCGAGGAUUAUCUCACCGCGUCUUCGUCUCACCAGUGUGAGGGUUAUCAGGGCUGAUGGGUGGAAGCUGCCCUGAGGGUCAGUACUUGGACACCUUGGUCAAAGAAUGUCUGUACUGUCAUUUGGUAUGCCAGCAACCACACGUCAUCACCAAAUGCAUCAGUUACUGUGAGGCUGCAUAUUGUAAGGCGCUGCCUGGCCACUACUAUGAUGGGCUGCUGAAGAAAUGUCUGAGGUGCGCUGAGGUGUGUGGCAGACAUCCAGCAGAAUGUUCCCAGCACUGCCAGACUCUGCCACUUCCUGGGACCACUGAAAAGCUCCUGGUUGACGUAACCUCACACACGCUGAAUUCCAGGGGGCUCUCAGUGCCGAUAGACUCCAGUGUCUUUCUCUACUCCCUGCUGGCACUCUGCAUGGUGCUGCUGUUUUCUAGCUUGUCUCUAGCCUUGGUAGUCUUUCUGAGGGGACCCAGAACCAAAACCUCCAACCCAGGACCCAAGGAGGCUAACCACAUCCAGGAGCGUGUAGUCCAGCCAGGCCAAGAGGUUGGCCUGCCAGGUGGCCAGCUGGGGCAGAGCUCCAAAGAUUUUGUACAAAGUUCAAGCUGUCCGACUGACCGUGAGCCAUCGGAUGACUCCAGCCCUACAGAGACUUGUGUGUGUAUCCACUGUUUCCCUGAUCUGAAAGCACUAGGCCAGGGCAAUGACAGGCUGCUGAGAGCACCUCUGACUUUCUACCAGCAAGCUGACCCCCUUAGAGCCCAGAUCCAGAAGGGAGGGCCUCGGACUGAGGAGAACCUUUACACCUCUGAACUUCAGGGUCCAGGAGCAGGCAGUAGUGAGAUGAGGUCCAUUUACUCCGUCUCAAAUCAAAGUGUCUAACAGGAAAACUGGAAUGGACAUCUCCCCCAUACACAAGAGAAGUUCAUUAGCAUACUGGAUUUUUGCUGAAGCUGAUCGUGAAAUUGUGAUAACAAGGUGUUCAAAGGGGUGCAUGCUCACUUAUGAGCCCUAUCAACCUCUCAGCAAGCAGCAACAGUAGGAAUAUCUCAGUCACACAUGAGUAUUUGAAGGCUUUUUUUAAUUAAACAAAACACAAAAGUAAGCAGGUAAAACAACAUCCUUCCGUUUUAAAAAUUUCAGAUGGAAAGAUAUGUGAUUGAUUCAAAUUAACCAUGAAAAAGGCUACCAUUUUUUACUCCUGAUGAGGGCAUGCUGAUGAAAUGAGGAAUUUUGUGCCACAGGGCAGUAAAGUUCUACUAGUGCAUAAUGUAAGUAGUGUGAGUAUCUCUGAAAAUGUGUUCAUCAAUAAGCCCCUGUUGAGCUCCCGACACACCAAGCAGGUUGCAAAGCGCUGUUGAAGAUCGACUGAUGCUUUUCUUCACAUUGCCUCAGGACUCCUGUUAAAAGCUUAACUUGAACAAAUCACAGGCUGCAACUGACUGCUAGCUGACCACUGCAAUGCAUGUAUACUCCGCACCUGUGAAAGGAAAUAACUAGACAGUACAGUAGUCUAGUCUCGUAGUAUUACAUAUUCGAGAAAAAAAAAAAAAACCAUGGAAACAAAUGGAAAAAUCAUGGAACAAUACAAACUAGCCCACUAUUUGCAUGGCUCUGUGAAUGUAACUGAACUAUCAAGUCAUAUUCAAAUUGAGAACAUAAUGUAAUACCUAUAACGUAUAUCUGAUAAAAAAGUUACUACUGGCACAGUAAAGUUUUGCACUUCAGCCCCCAUUUUUUUUCACCGUGGGAGAGGUGGAGGUAAAAGCAUGCAGGACCUGGAUGAGGUCCCUGCCUCACUAGGCCGAACAGCCAGUCACAACGCUCUCUCUCACCAACUGCCUCUGACUGAAGCGGUUACUGUCACCCCACAAAAGCUCAACGAUAGCCCCACAGCAUUUGAUUCAAUUUGUCAGAUCACAUUUUCAGACAUCAUUUCAGAAAGCUACGGUCACAGGGGGACACCCCUUGUGUGUCUAAGUUGAUGAUUCCCACUGUUUUUGGAUUUUCCACCGGAGCAAGUGUAACUCACCAUACACGAAAAAUAUAUUUCAAUUAAAACAAACUGAGCAAUACUGUAGGUUAGUAAGCAAUGCUAGAGUAUAAAACAACAGGGAACAGUAAAGGCCCAAUUACAUACAAUGUGUUACUCUCAAGAACUUAGAGUAUAACUCAUGGUGGUAACAUAGUGAAAGGUCUCAGUGGUGGAGAACUUUCCAUCGGCUACUUAAAGUAAUACGCAUCAGUUCUCCUGAUAACAAUUGGUGAUGUUUUUUUUGAUACCACCACUGGGAGUUGCUAAAGUCAGAAA